UUUUAAAUGGGACAGCAUUAGAGAUGCCUUGAUUCCACCAUUCACUAUUUACCAUGGAUGGAAUGCUGAAAAAUGAAAAUGAACCUAAUGUACCCCAACUGGGGAAUGGCUAAAUCAGCUGGCAUCUCACACCGGGAAAGCAGGUCACGAUAUUUUGGCGCAGACGCUGAUAGAAGAAGGCCCCCGCCGCCCCUGCGCUGGAGCGCGGCUGCGGGCAGGAGUUCCUGCGUCGGGAACUGCCCUCCCCACGUGCCCGGCUCUGCGCCCCGUCCGGGGUUGGCAAACUGGUCGGUGUGGCUGAAGGACACAGAUCCGGGCUCGCGUCCAGGCCAGGCUCGACUCGCCGGCCGACGCUGGCCGCGGUGACUACCCUCCCCAGCCUCGGGGUCUCGAUGUCCUCACCAGCCUUCUCCUCGGCGAGCCGUGAAAGCGGACUCUUCGCGGUCCGGCCCCUGGGCGCCCGGGAAAGUUUCCGCCGGCCACUUUCAGAGGCGCACCCACCGGAAGUGUCCGGGUUGUGGCGGAAGCUGAUGUUUUCAAGAAAUAACAGUGUUGAGAGAAGCUUGGCCGGCGAAGAUGAUUCAGGCGAUUCUGGUUUUCAACAACCACGGGAAGCCGCGGCUGGUCCGCUUCUACCAGCGUUUCCCAGAAGAAAUCCAGCAGCAGAUCGUCCGGGAGACCUUCCACCUGGUUCUCAAGCGGGACGACAACAUCUGUAACUUCCUGGAGGGCGGAAGUUUGAUUGGUGGCUCCGACUACAAGCUGAUUUAUCGGCACUAUGCUACCCUCUACUUUGUGUUUUGCGUGGAUUCGUCAGAGAGUGAACUCGGGAUCCUGGACCUCAUCCAGGUGUUCGUGGAGACCCUGGAUAAGUGUUUCGAGAACGUCUGUGAGUUGGAUUUGAUCUUCCACAUGGACAAGGUGCACUACAUCCUGCAGGAAGUGGUGAUGGGCGGGAUGGUGCUGGAGACGAAUAUGAAUGAGAUCGUGGCCCAGGUGGAAGCUCAGAACAGGCUGGAGAAGUCAGAGGGCGGCCUCUCGGCAGCCCCCGCCCGCGCCGUGUCCGCGGUGAAAAACAUCAACCUGCCGGAGAUGCCUCGGAACAUCAACAUCGGCGACCUCAACAUCAAAGUCCCCAACCUGUCCCAGUUUGUCUGAGGGCUGAAGACCGUGCUGCACCGGAGUCCCGGAGCGAAGCCGAGCCAGUCCCGCGGCAGCACCCACUCCGAGCCGCAGGCGAGGAGCCGCGGCCCUGACCCACGCAGUGCCGGAGCGGCGCGGCGGGUCUGCCGGCUCUGACUGCGGGUGGGAGGGUCCGGGCCCCUCAGUGGAGGUCAGCGCACGGGGUUAGCUCGCCCGCUCUCCCUCCGCGUGCAGCCGCUCCCGGGGCUCGGGGCCGUGUGGAGAGGCCCGCCCGCUUCCCAGGACCCCCACCAGGACCUUGUCCGACUAGAGUCUUCUUCCGCAGCCCCAGGAGGCGCCCCGAGUCCCGUCGCGGCCACGGUUGCCGGCGAGGCGCCAUCGCUGCAGGGGGUCUGGCCCGCAGACCUGAGCCGCGGUGAAUGGCGGGCGAGGGCAGGGCCCUCCGAGGAGGAGGAGCGCCACCCGCUGGCUCCGCUAGGCCGUGCUCCCCGGAGUCUGCCGGUGCAGCCAGACUGUCGGAUCGCGGCCUCCCGCGGGGCACUCCGCCCACUGCCCCCGUCCGAGCCCUGCCCCCCGUGUCUGCGUGCCCGCGGCCUGGUCAGAGGCCGGUGCCCGCCUCCCGCGUCCCUGCUGGUCGGAGAGCGACCCCACGCGGCGCUCUCUCCGGCGCAGCCGGAUGCCCCCUCAAAGGGGAGAGGCCCUGUGUCUGUAGAAGAUAAAGCUGGCACCGUAUGGAAUGUC